AUGAUCACCAGACCAACCACCACCGGAACCACCGUGUCAUGCUUGUUCUUCAUGGUUUCUUCAUUCUACAUCUUGAUGUUUCAUAACGACCACGGUGGAUUACGGUGGUCGUCAUGUUACGUGUAUUACGUUCUGGUUGUGGGCGUGGUGGUGGUCGCCGGAUUGGCGGUGGUUAUGGCAAGAGCCACCAUGGUGACGCUGAUAACGGUGUUGGUGAUGCUGGCAUGUGCAGGGAAGCACCGCCGUGUGCUGGUGGUGGAAGGUAGACAGAUCAGUGGUGAAGUUGUAAUGUAUUUGUUGAGAGUGAUGAAAGAGAGAAGCCUUGUGGCUGUUGCUGGUGUUGCUUUUGUGACCUCAAUGGCCAUGGUUUGGACUUCUUAG